CCCCCUAUGGAUGAAGUAGGAACUACAGGCGUCGCCUCUUUCCACUAUAUCUGUUGUUGGCCUCGCGUUGCUCGUGGAAACGGACUCCAAACAAAGUGAAACCCCGCGAGGAGCCGACACUCAACCCAGCUUAGAGAACUACGAAGACUAAACUUCCCAAAAGCGGAUCGGCCUCUCCUGCCUCCGGGACAAUGAGCUCACCUUUGUCGAUGCUGAAGAAAACGAAGCGCAGUCCACUGCAGGGCCCUGUGAAUGAGCGAUGGGGCAGACACAAAGUGCCUCUCAGGAGGAACAUGUUUAAAGAAUUUCAGGCAUCAAUGGCUGCUGCUGCUGCUGCUGAUGAUGAUGAUGAUGAUGAUGAUGAAUCCUCUGAUCCAACUCCUCUUCUUACCUAUCACACUGCAGCCAAUGAUGCCACUACUUCAAAGUCAAAAGCCCGACCAAAGAAAGGUGCUCCGCCAAGCGACUUUGAGCUAAUGUCUGCCAUGAUGCGACGGGUCAGCCUGCUGGAGCAAAACGUGACGAGCCAAGCAAAAGAGAUAGAGCUCAAGGAUGAAAGGAUUUCAGUGUUGGAUGCCGAGCUGAGGCUUCUGACAGAACUAGGUAACACACAGACACACCUCAGUUGCUCUCCUGGUGAACAAAAAGGGUUUGUUGUGUCCACAUCUCGGCUGUGUGUCCUUGAUUCAGACGGCACCCACCCGAGUUGCAGCGAGAUCCUCGAGAGGAGGUGCCAACAACUGCAGAGCCAAGUGUGUGAAAUGGAUGGCUUUCUGGAAGACUAUGGUUUGAUCUGGGUGGGAGAUGGUGAGAGUGAGCAGCCAGACUCCCCUUUGGUCAGGGGCUUCAACAUGGACUUUGACCUUGUGCUACAGAGGACCAGUGUUCUGAACAUCCUGGCAGGGGAGGGAGAGUCUUUUGUCCAAUCGACAGCCACGGGGGCACAGUUUGCCCAAAAGGAUCCGAUUCAACUGGGUCUCUACCGCAACGGCAUCGUCAUGUUUGAGGGUCCUUUCCGCUCCUAUCAGGAGCACAGCACCCAGCGAUGCAUGCAAGAUCUGAUGGACGGGUAUUUUCCAUCCGAGCUUCAAGAAAGGUUUCCAGACGGUGUGCCCUUUAAGGUUCAUGACAGGCGAGAUCAGGAUUUCAUCUCCAGGACACCUUGGAGCAAGUUUCCUGGCGAAGGAAAGGCCAUUCGUGAUGAACCAUCGAACGCUGUCGGCUCUCAAUUACCCGGCAGGAAGUUGAGCACAGAUCAGUUCCUGAACAGGUUACCGAAAGUGGUCGUGAAGGCUGGUUGUGUGAUUGACAUCAGGGACUCGCUGAGGGCAGUCCUGCAGGGCUCAUCUGAUGCACAGAGCAGCAACUCGGUGAUCCUCGUAGACACACCGGCACUGCAAGUGAUACAAGAGAGACUGCAGACAUCCAGUCCUGUUCGGCCUUCAUCUGCCCGUGAUGUCAUCACUCUCAAGGUGAAAUCAGAAGACGGGAAUCAGACGUACAUCCUGAAAAUGUGCUUCUCAGAAACAAUGGGUGACCUGCGACAGCAUCUGGACAAACGCAGAGGCGGCGGACUCCCUGAUUAUGACGUCAUCAGCGCGUAUCCACAGUGCCACUAUGACGACGACCGCCAGACGCUGCAAUCGUGUGGACUCACCACUAACGCUACUCUGCUGGUGCGAAGGAGCAAACACCCUCAUCCCCCGACGGAAGUCAAUAAAGUGAACCGAUAAAAAGGUUUCGCAUCAGUUUUCUGCGCGGCCAUGACGUCAUCUUGGACUCUUCGUAGAAGGAAAGCACAGGUGUUACUCACACUAACGAUGGCUCAGAACGGUCCAAGAGUCCCAGCAAGUCGUUUUGAUGUUAUGCAACAUGAAUACAGAGAUUGCCUUUAAAAACGGAGUUGGUGGCUGAAUCAAUGUAAGUGAUGACAGAAACACAUUUGAUAACACUGACGGACAGAAACGGGCUCGAAUGUGGUUCGAUCAUGUCAUGGAAGAAGUGACAGUUAAAACACCUUUUAGUUCACAUUCCGGUCAUAAUGUGCAUCGUAUUAACAUUAUAUUUGCAACACAGAAUGUACACCGUGACAACCAUCCAUCAAUCAGCAACUUCUAAUAAAGAGGUGUGAGUGUACCUGCGCACGCAUGCGCAGUAAAUCGCAUCAAGCUACAUUUUAAGACCGCCCCCUUUUUCAAAGGAUUUGAAUGGAACGGAUUGGUUUAAAUCAAACUUCCGUUUCACUCGGUCUCUAAUCUGAUACGUUUCACG